GUGCUGUAGCUAUUUUAAAAUGGAAAUUGUUUUCCUAUAUGCUGCUAGGUGCAACUACUCAUUUAAUUUUUGUGGAAAAUUAAUGUAUUGCCUGAAUGUUCCAUUUUGACAAUUGUCCAGAAAUGAAAACUAGUAGAGGCCUAUAUGAUUUGAAUUUAUGUUCACUGCAUUAAAAAGGACCCACUGCAAGAACUCCAAGUGAAUGUGCCUUCCCCUGAGGAACAAGAUGAACAGAUUCAGGAGAUGUUGUCAUCACCACUAUUGGACAACUUUCAUGACUACUUUGAAGUUUUCAGUGAUGAUCAUCAAGAUGCAAGCAUCACAGCGGAUGCAUGCACACAGACAGACAUUAACAUGGAUCAUAUGCUUGGGUACAGUGAUGCAGAGAUAAAAGACCCCAAAGUUCUGAAAAGGAACGAUUUCAUACGCACCAUAAAAAGUGACGAUGGCACCUGCAAAUUUUACACAGGUCUGACAACAUCUCUAUUUGCCAUCAUUCUGAAUCUGCUGAUGACGAAAGCCAAGAGACUGAACUACUGGCGUGGAUCUGACACUGCUGGCUUAACAGAGGAUCAUGGUCAAAAACCUGGGAGGAGAGGUCACCACUUGGAUUUCUUUUAUGUACCACGAACUUCAGUUCCUAGUAUCUUGGCCAACUCGGUAUCAAGUUCAAUAUCAGACAGGAAGAUUGUUCAGCAGUCUGGUUUCCUAGACAAACUUGAGUACGGAGAUGACAUCAUGGCUGACCGAGGAUUUUUAAUACGUGAUUUACUUACUAAAAGAAUGUGCACUCUCAACAUACCACCAUUUUCUAUGGCACUGUUCAACCUCGACAAGAAACUUGUGAAGUAA